AUUGCUUGUUCAGGAAACACAGACUGAGCUGGUUCUUUUGAAACUUAACAUGACAGGCGACUGUUCCAAAACAACCAGUAACAUCCCUUCRUUAMCCAUGGAGGUUGAUACUGCUUUUCUCAGAUCCUUGAGGGGUGUCCUUAAAUUAGCAGAGAUGGGGACUAUGUUUGUAGCSUUUGUGUGUUUUGCKGUAGYAUCCAGGCCCAAAUACAUUGCAGCUACAUGCAUGGAGUUUGUGAUCACAUUCUCCCUGCUUCUGCUGUACACACUGAAGUUGAACAAGAAGCUGACUCUGUUCUUCUGGCCUCUCGUUGAUUUGUUCAACUCACUGUUCGCAGCAGUCUUCAUACUUAUCCUGAGUYUGAUAGCAGUGUCCACUUACACAGUGACAGGGACCCUGGGUGGAGGGAUAGUGGGUUUCAUAGCAACAGGCCUGUGGUGUGUKGAUGGYUACAUGCUUUUCAAGAGGGUCACAUUCAAUCAACCAAGAACAGCAGCAACUGGCACUGUGAAGUGAAGACACCACAAUUGUCUCUUCACAUGCUCACUCGCAGAGUUCCUCUGUCUGUCUGUGUUCUUUCGCCCAUCUUAAUCUUUUUUGUGCACCGGGGCCUCCCUCUCCUCUU